GCAAAUGGUAUCGUGGCCCCCGCUCUAGUUCCUUGGUGUUGCGUCCUUGGCAGGGCAUGGCGAGAACCCUAUUCUUGAAUCUUGGGCAGAGCCUGAGCAGACAGCCUCGACUCUUCAGGAGCAAGUUCGAACACCAGGGCGCUGGGGGAACAGGUAGACCUCUGGAGGGGUUUGUGGCGGCCAACCGUGGUCUGCAGUAGAGGCAACCACAGAGGGUUCGCGCAGGAGGACAAAGGGGGUCCUGGAAAGUCUUUGCAAGGCGUAGUCUUGUUAGCGAUCCGGUGCGGGAGAGUUGCAGGGCACUGGGCAGACAAGUUGGCAUUUGUGGAUACGAUAAGAAGGGGUACUUGAGGCAGGGUGGAAUGGCGUCAAGUGUGGCGGUGGCAGGCCUUCGGGCUGGCUCGGUACUUUACAGUCAGAGCACCUCCAUGUCCGGGCAGAGCCUCCAGGUUCAGAGUGCGCCCGCCAGAAUAGUAUGCAGAAAAGCAGACCUUCAUCCUAAGCUCUACCAGGAUGCGAAAGUGUUCUGCAAUGGUGAGCAUGUGUAUACCGUAACUAGCACGAAGUCCGAGCUGACCGUCGAUGUCUGGUCAGGCAACCAUCCCUUUUAUCAAGGGAGCUCCGGAACGGUAGUGUUGGAGGACGGAAGGGUAGAGAAGUUUAAGCGGAAGUAUGCGGCGAUGGGGCUCGGAACUGUUGCGGAAGUACCUGUGUUGACUGGACCAAAUCCUAAGAUGGAGCGGCCAAAGAAGGACGGAAAGAAGGGGAAGGGAAGGAGGUAAACACGUUGGGAGACGUCAACUGUUGGCGCAGAAGUCUGUUUGUUGUUAAGGACCUGCGGCGCAGCCACUUUUUGUUUUCUUGGGACUGGGUUGGACACAGUGUACAUCUCAAUUCAAAGUCUUCGCUGAUCUAGUUUGACACAAGUCGAUUGUUGUCAAUGAUGUCACAUCGUACGGUCUUGAGUGGCUGAAGCACUGCGAAUGAGUUCAUCGAAACUUUGUGACUGCUGUUUAGCUGACUUGACAUUCCCAACAACAUCUGAAGCAAU